UCCACCGCGAGCUGAGAUGAUGAUGAACGCACGGAUAGACGCCGAGUCUCUCUAAUACAUCGCGUUUAACAGCGCAUAAUCAUAACGAUGGAUGGCAAUGUCUUUCCCGAUCAAGAACAGCUGCUGGCAUUCCUAAAAAAGCUUAAAGAAGUCUUCGACGUGUGUGACGAGGAUGCAGACGGCUAUAUUCGGAUUGAGCACUUCGUGGACCUCGGUCUACAGUUCGGCCAAAGAGAUGAAGUGAAGAAGUUUGCCAAGUACCUGGAUCCCAAUGCUCACGGCAAAAUUAACUUCAAAGAUUUCUGCCAUGGAGUGUUUGCAAUCAAAGGCUGUGAGGAAAUCCUGAAAACUGCACUUGGGACACCUAACAUCGGAGCCCAGCCGUAUCAGACAGACAAUGGUUACUACUAUCAGCACAGGGAGGGGAGUCUGGGACCGCCGAUCAUCGUAUGCACUCGGCCGUACCCAGCGUGCCAGCUGUAUUCUGAUGAGGAGGGACUGGGCUGCCGGGAUGCACAGGAGUCAGAUAUGGACAGUGCUGGAGACAGUGGAGCAGGAUCUGAAUCCUCUGGAGGAGGAGGACGACAUAAUGAUAAAGAGGAAGGACUGGGAGGACUCUUUCUACGUGGAAACAAUUGUGGUCAGAUGGUCUCAUCAGCAGCAGCGUCAGUGAUCUCAGUGGAGGAGCAAUUCGAGGACUAUGGAGAGGGAGAGGAUGUGGACUUCACUCCCAGCAGCCCCAUCCCAGAUGAUGACACACGCACUAAUGGUUUCUCUGACCUGGGCUCCUCACUGCCCUCCAGUGCUGGUCAGACCCCUCAGAAGAUCAGGCACUUGUACAACAGUGAGCUGCUGGAUGUUUACUGCUCUCAGUGCUGCAAGAAAGUCAACUUGCUCAAUGACCUAGAGGCCAGACUCAAGAACCUCAAAGCUAACAGCCCAAACAGGAAGAUUUCCAGCACAGCAUUUGGUCGUCAGCUCUUCCACCACAGUAACUUCAGCAGCAGUCACGGCAGCACAGAAGACCUGUUCAGAGACAGCAUCGACUCCUGUGACAUUGACAUAACUGAAAAGGUGAGUUAUUUGGAGAAGAAGAUAACAGAAUUGGAAAAUGACAGUCUGGCUCAUGGAGAUCUGAAAUCCAAACUUAAACAAGAAAACACACAACUAGUUCACAGGGUACAUGAGCUGGAGGAGCAGAUUAAGGAUCAGGAGACGCGUGCGGAGCAAAGUCUAGAAGAGGAGUUGAAGAGACACAGAGAGACCUACAGUAAGAUGGAGAGAGACAAGAGCACUGAGAUAGAACUGCUUUGUAACAGGGUUCAGCAACUGGAUGAAGAAAAUGCAGAGAUGAAAGUGAAUGUGUGCAGAUUGAAGUCCCAGACUGAGAAACUGGACCUGGAGAAGCAGCGCAUGACAGAUAAGCUGGAAGACACAAGUCUUCGUUUAAAGGAUGAGAUGGAUCUGUACAGGAAAAUUAUGGAUAAGCUUUGGCAGAACAGACAUGAGUUUCAGAAAGAGCGAGAGGCAAUGCAAGAGCUGAUUGAGGACCUGCGUCGUGAGCUGGAGCAUCUGCAGCUCUUUAAGCUGGAGACGGAGAAGCCUGGCCGCGGCCGUAAUGCUGCUGGACUGUCGGAGUACAAUGCCAAGACUCGAGAGAUUGAGCUAGAACAUGAAGUCAAACGGCUUAAACAGGAGAACCAUAAACUCAGAGACCAGAAUGAUGAUCUGAACGGACAGAUUCUCAGCCUCAGCCUUUAUGAGGCCAAAAAUCUGUUUGCUUGUCACACCAAGGCCCAGUCACUGGCAGCAGAGAUAGACAAUGCCUCCAGAGAUGAGCUUGUUGAUGCUUUGAAAGAACAAGAGGAUAUCAACUUCCGUUUAAGGCAGUACAUGGACAAGAUCAUCCUGGCUAUCCUAGACCACAACCCCUCCAUCCUAGAAAUAAAGCAUUAGGCUUUCUGUCAGUCCUCUUGAGAUGAAAGUGGAUAGAGGACAAAUGCUUCAUAGAGAACUCUGCAUUCAGGUGAGGGCUGUGAAAUGUUCUGACAUAGCCCCUCACACGAAUUCAUUAUGUAUUUACAGAGCAAGUUGCUGUUGAAAUGGUUGUGUCUCUCAUGUACUCUGUCUCACACUCACAGGUUACUGUUUCCAUAGCCCCUCAUGUCUUCAUGCUGUGAAUUGAAGUUGUAGGAAUUACAAAAACAAGUGAUGAAACUGGAAUAUAGUGUAGAAGUAUACUUUUCACUCUCAGUUAUAUUUACACACUACCUCUGAGUAUGUACAACUCAGUGUUGUAUUCUACACCAGAAAAAAAACAAGUAGAAUUAAUAUGAAAUCACAAUGAUCACACCAUAGAGAAGAGCUUUACAUGCACUGACAGGGUAUGGUAUGUUUAUCAAAUGUGCCAGAAGCCCUCUAGACUUUCUCUAAAACUUGAUUUGGUAGUAAUGUUCACCAAUGAACAAUUCAGCACUGAUUCAACAGACAGAGCAAUAGAAAGUCAAGAGGUUUCUAUUUGCCUCAGACUGUAUUGCAAUUAUGAUCAGCAGAUAAGAGAGUUUUCUGUCCUCUGCGGUUUACUGUGAUCUGCUGUGAAAAUAAUAAUGUUGGCAAACAUUGUCAGUCUACCAAAAAAGAGGAACUAGGCUCUGAAGUACAUUGCUGUUAAAGACCCCAUGAAAUUGCUUGACGAGUAGAGUUUUCUGUCCCAUGUUGGCAUAUUUCCUAUUGAAACAAGAAGUUUGGUUGGGACAUAUCGAAGGGCUCAUCCCUUUUUUUAAAUAGCAAAUAGGCUUAAAUUUAGUAAAAGCCAUGAGCCAUGAUUUGUUCAGUGCAGGUGGUAUCAGUAGGUGGGACAUUCUCAUUCUACAGAACAUUUGAUUGGACAAAAAUCUGUGUAGCGCAACAUUAAUAUUUUUGGUCGGUUUACCCAUUAGAGAAUGUGAAUUAUAAGUGUAUAUCUAUUGAAAGUUAAUUAUAUCAUCUUUAAGGAAUACACUAGCAUAUAGAUAGCUUCAAAGCUAACAGAUAUGGACUAAAAGCCACAAAACUCCAAAUUAGAUGUCAUGAGGUCUUUGUUGCAUGAUGCUUUCAGUUGUCUGAAAUAGUCAUACAGCCUCAAACAGGCCUUUACUGGCCAUAAGCAUCCUUUACCUGAGGGAUCACAUGCAGUUAUCAACAAAGAUGCCAAGAGAGGUAAACAGUGUGAGCAGAGAUGACUCAGUUGUACAAUAUAGUAUAUAGAGAGAAAAUCUAUAGAAGAUUUGAAAAUGAAAGUUUUUUUUUUUUUAAAUCUGUAUAAGAUUCAAUGAAAUGGCCCAUUAAAAUUUCAAGCCAGAAUGUGUGGGUAUUAUAGAGUUAGUAACUCAGUGCCAUGGGAAGCUGCACAUUAAAUAAAAGUGCUUGAACAAACAUCCCAUGAAUGUAUAACCAUGUCACUCACAGUAUUCAAUAUUCCCAUUAUCCCCAUGAAGGUAUGAACUCUUAUUUAGCUAGUAAAAUACAAUGUUAAUCACAGUAUUUAAAAUUAUUGUGUAGAAUGGGAAAGGAGCUAAUACUGCUACAUGCUCGAUUGUCACAAACUAGUUUUGCUUUGUUGCACAAAUUGUACUGAAUCUGUUUCUUUGCAUGUUCUUAAUCUCUUUCUGUUUGUGCCCUUUAUUUGUAAUAUACCGAUUAACUUUUUGGUUGUUUCAAUAACUAUUAAUCUAAUCAGUUAUAGAGGAGCUUUUUAUAUAUUUCUGUUAUACCUUGUGUUGUAGCAUUUUUCACUCAUUGUAAAUGUUGUACAGGGACUAGUUCGUAUUUGUAUUGAUGUGCCACUGAUCAACCUUAAUGAAUAAAUGAAAGGCUGUCUUUUAUACAGUUUUAUGAUAAAAUUGCAAGAUAUCUUAUAAGUUUGACAUAUUACAAAAGAAAUGUACAGGUAUAAGACAAUUCUAAUUGCUGUCAAUCUGACUGUUGAAAUUAUUAAGUGACAUCAAAGUUACUGCAAUAUUCCUCGGCUUACUCACCAGUAAUGGCGAUGUCAUAGAUAAGACUCAUUCGUCAUUAUGCGUUUAAAAGAAAUUAAAGGUUGUUAUGAAGCAGUAACAACAAUCUUAUGAAGAAAGACCCAUUUGAAAAACUUAGCUGAUUCAUAUGAUUUCUGUUUAACACUUAGAUGACCAAAAUCAUUUCAAGCAACAAUGUUUGUUUUGCACAUUUUAAAGAGUUGUGCUGUGUCUGUGUUCGCUGUUAAAGACUACACAGUUUAAAAACAUUUUGGGUCAAGGUUUACACAAACUUUUAUUGUUUACGAUUUUUUUGUUCUUAUUGAAAAAAAUAAAUACUUAUUACUUGUCCCAUAUAUGGGUAUAUGAUACAGUUGAUUGCUAUUACUCAUUUCUGUUCACACAAGUACUGUAGAGGAGGACAAAAAAAAUAUUUCUGAACAUUAAAUAAUAGUGUAAAGGAUUCAAGAGAUAUGGCAAUUUUGAAAAGUACAAUAAAUGACUUGUUU